CAAGAUAAAGAGGAAGUUGUUUUAUGGAUGAAUACAGUAGGACCUUACCACAAUCGCCAAGAAACAUACAAAUACUUCUCUCUCCCUUUCUGUGUGGGAUCAAAAAAAAGCAUCAGCCACUACCAUGAAACCCUAGGAGAAGCACUUCAAGGAGUUGAACUGGAAUUUAGUGGUCUUGACAUCAAAUUUAAAGACGAUGUAAUGCAAACAACUUAUUGUGAAAUUGACUUGGACAAAGGCAGAAGAGAUGCAUUUGUGUAUGCUAUCAAAAAUCACUAUUGGUACCAGAUGUAUAUUGAUGACUUACCAAUAUGGGGUAUUGUUGGAGAAGCAGAUGAAAAUGGAGAAGAUUAUUACCUUUGGACUUACAAAAAACUUGAAAUCGGUUAUAAUGGAAACAGAAUUGUGGAUGUCAAUCUGACCAGUGAAGGAAAGGUGAAAUUGGUACCAAACACAAAAAUCCAGAUGUCAUAUUCAGUGAAAUGGAAGAAAUCAGAUGUAAAGUUUGAAGACCGAUUCGACAAGUAUCUUGACCCAUCUUUCUUUCAGCACAGGAUUCACUGGUUUUCAAUUUUCAAUUCUUUUAUGAUGGUGAUCUUUCUGGUUGGCCUAGUGUCUAUGAUACUAAUGAGAACUUUGCGAAAAGAUUAUGCAAGAUACAGCAAGGAGGAAGAAAUGGAUGACAUGGACAGAGAUCUAGGUGAUGAGUAUGGGUGGAAGCAGGUCCAUGGAGAUGUUUUUAGACCAUCCAGUCAUCCUCUGAUAUUUUCAUCACUUAUUGGUUCUGGCUGUCAAAUUUUUGCUGUGUCUCUCAUAGUCAUUGUUGUUGCGAUGAUAGAAGAUUUAUACACAGAGAGAGGAUCAAUGCUUAGUACAGCUAUAUUUGUUUAUGCUGCAACAUCACCAGUGAAUGGAUAUUUUGGAGGAAGUCUUUAUGCUAGACAAGGAGGAAGGCGAUGGAUAAAGCAGAUGUUCAUUGGAGCCUUCCUUAUUCCUGCAAUGGUGUGUGGAACUGCCUUCUUUAUUAACUUCAUUGCCAUUUAUUAUCAUGCUUCAAGAGCUAUACCCUUUGGAACCAUGGUGGCAGUGUGCUGCAUCUGUUUCUUUGUCAUUCUUCCACUGAACCUCGUUGGUACUAUUCUUGGCCGAAACCUGUCAGGACAGCCUAAUUUUCCAUGUCGUGUCAAUGCAGUGCCUCGUCCUAUACCAGAGAAAAAAUGGUUCAUGGAACCAGCUGUUAUUGUUUGCUUAGGUGGAAUCCUGCCUUUUGGAUCAAUUUUUAUUGAAAUGUACUUCAUUUUUACUUCAUUCUGGGCUUACAAGAUCUACUAUGUUUAUGGCUUUAUGAUGUUGGUUCUGGUUAUCCUCUGUAUUGUGACAGUUUGUGUGACUAUUGUUUGUACAUAUUUCCUGCUAAAUGCAGAGGAUUACAGGUGGCAGUGGACAAGCUUUCUUUCUGCGGCAUCAACUGCAAUUUAUGUUUACAUGUACUCCUUUUACUACUACUUUUUCAAGACAAAGAUGUAUGGCUUGUUUCAAACAUCAUUUUACUUUGGUUAUAUGGCAGUAUUUAGCACAGCUUUGGGAAUCAUGUGUGGAGCUAUUGGUUACAUGGGAACAAGUGCCUUUGUUCGUAAAAUCUACACUAAUGUGAAAAUUGACUAAGAAAAUCAGAAAAUUGAACUAUGGAUCAGUUCCUGUUUUCACGGGGAUGAACUUGCACAACAAAAAGCGCGAGAAGAGAUUUGGGUUUUAACACUGGGCACUAUAUGGGUCUCCAUUUUGUGGAUGGCUAAAAGUAACAUCUAUUUCAUUGAUCCUAGGUUGUUACUGACUGCUUUCUCCAACUGUUCACAGCAAAUGCUUGGAUUAUAUGCAGUAGGCAUUACUACAGUACGUGGCUAAUCUUCCCCCAAAAAAAUAUCAAAAAACAAAAAGCCUAGCUCAUUAAAGAUGAAUAGACUAGCUCUCUUCAGUGAAGAGGACAAACAGUUUAUUUAAAGCAUUUGUUCCAUUCAAUAAAAAGAGGGAAACUUGGCUGCUAAAACUACUUGAUUGGUAGUCUUCCUGGUACUUAACAUUUCUAUAUAUAAAAAUGCCGUUCCAGAAAGAUUACUUUUCUGAUUUUUACUGCCAUUACCAGGACGGGAGGUAUGUUUUGUAUUUUGACUCCAGGUGCUUUUUGGUUUAUUUGCGAUACCAACUAUAUUCUACACUCAUUUGUUUAAAAAAUAAUUUAAAAAUAUAUAAAAACCCCCAUAUGCAUGUAAUAUAUCAGCUAUUGUUCUAGUUGGACCAAUUUCCCUUUAUUUAUCUUUAAAGUAAUAUCAGCUACAUCUUAAAUCCAUCCAAAGAAAAUACAGUCUGAAGACGGGAUGUGUUCUCUGCAAUGCAAUUUACUGUACAGUUAGAAAGCAAAAUGUUAAAUGAAGAGGAAUGUUUGUUUUUUAAUAAACACUUUGAGGUCUAGAUUAAAACAAAACCAACAUUUUAACUGAAUGUCUAAAGUGAUUCUCCUUUUUUCCAAGUUAGUCUUGCAUUAUUUUUUUUGUUUGGAUUUGAAUGAAGAUUUUCCUUUAGGCAUUAUACAAGGGGUAAUAAGUGUAUAUAACAUUAAAUAAUGUAACUUAGGUGUAGAUUCCAAAUGUAUUUGGAUGUACAGAUUUACUACAGAGUACUUUUCUGAUGAUUCGGUGUAAAAAUGUGUGAAUUUGGGUGGCUUUUUACAUCUUGCCUGCCAUUGCAUGAAAAGUUGGGGUUUCUUCACAAUGUGUGUAUGUCAUGCUUUUCUGUUCUAUUUCCUUUCUUAAGCUCCUACAAAAAAUUCAAUUUGUAAUUUAGAACAUUUUAAUUUUUGUUAAUCCUGUCUGGACACUUGUGUAACAUCAAAAGCACAGUUGCUUUAGAGUGUUCAGAAAACUAAAAUAAACUUUUCAGACAAAAA